AUGUCAGAUGAGGCUUAUAAUCAAUUCUUGAAUGCUGCAAAUGCCCCAGUUCCUUCUCCUCCUCCCAAAAGCCCUAGUGAAGUUCCUUCUCAAUGGAUGAAAAGCACUGACAACAUUCCUAGUUCAGCUCCAUUAAGCGCUUUGUCAGAACAAGUAAAGGGUCACUACUAUACUAGUGAGUCAGAUGAACUCUUUCAUCCUAUCUAUCUAGAGAAGAUUCCCUCAGAGUUCGAAAGCAUCGAUAAAAAAGAGUUUGAUCCUCGUAAUGAAUACAGUGGCAUCAUGAAAGCGGUUCAAGACUGCUGCAGCUCAAAUACGGUACAAAUUUUCAGUUACCAGGAUACAGCGUCUACAGUUAUUUAUUAUAUAUUAAGUAAGCUGAACAAUGGCCAUUGGUGCGGCCUUACAACCAUGGAAGUCUCCACUUAA